AUGGUUUACGAAAGCGACUUCUACAGCACCCGCCGGGUUGGCUCGAGCUAUACCCGUCCCACGAUUUCCUCGUACACCGUGACGACUCCACUGCGAUACUCCGGAGUGCCACGCUUCAACACGAUCACCACCACUACGACGUACCGCACACCGAUGCCGUACGUAGCGCACAAGCGGCUCGUUCCAGUGACGCGGGUCGUCACGUCACCGCCGCGGAUCGUGGUAUCCCCGAUGCGGGUGCUGGGUUCGCCGGUACGCGUGAUCAGCUCGCCGGUGCGCGUGUUCGGUUCGCCGGUACGCACCGUGCGUGCGGUUCGUUCGCCGGCCCGCGUCAUCGUAUCGCCGGCCCGGGUCGUCACGAUCCGCUCGCCGUAUCUGCGCCCGUCGAUCAUCAACAAAGAAUUCGAUCGCAUUGAACGUAAAUAUCGCGCUAGUCCUGUAAGUAGUGCCCUAGAGCAGUAUUACAACUCGCCCUCAUACUUGGAAUUUGAGGACGAGAAGCGCGAUAUCCGCAACUCGACCGCACUGCUGCUGCGCCAGCUGAACGAUCCCGUUCCACGUCUGAUGGCCCCGGUCGCACAGGCAGCACCGGAACCGAACCCCAAGAAGUGGGUGUACGAUCCGUUCUCCACGCACAACCGCCUGAACAGUGACACCUACGUCAAGAGCCACAUUACCGAUCCGAUUCGCAGCGUCCGUAACGAUAUUGAGGCCAUGGCCAGAUAUCAUUCGCCAGCGUCGCGCUAUGUCGUGGGAAAAUUAAAUCCAGUUCGUCCGACGCGCAAGUUCAACAACCCGAAGCUGUACGACGAUCCGACCGAUUCGAAGCUGAAGGAUAAACUGGAGAAGAUCGAACGCGUUGCCGAGCUGAACAAGGUCCGCUACGAGCCGGUCAACCUGGAGAAGGAGCGCCUGAAGCUGUUGGACGAGGCGAAGAAGAAGGAGGAAGCUGCUGCCGAACGCGAAAAGAUUCGCCAGGAGGAGCAGGCACGCAAGGAGGAGGAAGCACGUCUGGCCGCCGAGGAAGCGGAGCGCCGUCGCAUCGAGGAGGAACGUCUGGCCGAAGAGGCUCGUCUGGCCGAAGAGGCCCGCCUGGCCGAGGAAGCCCGACUCGCCGAGGAGGCACGCAUUGCCGAGGAGGAACGUCUGGCCGAAGAAGCCAAGAAGGCGGAGGAGAAGAAGAAGAAGGCGGCCGAAAAGAAGAAGAAGGAAGAGGAGGAAAAGAAGAAGAAGGACGCUGAGGAGAAGAAACGAAAGGAGGAGGAGGAGAAGAAGCGCAAGGAGGAGGAGGAGAAGAAGCGCAAGGAGGAGGAGGAGCGCAAGCGUAAGGAGGCCGAGGAGGCGGCUCGCAAGGCGGCGGAGGAAGAAGCUGCCCGUAAGGCGGCCGAAGAGGAAGCCGCCCGCAAGGCCGCUGAGGAGGAAGCUGCCCGUGUUGCGGCGGAGGAGGAAACCCGCAAGGCGGCGGAAGAGGAGCAGAGCCGCAUCACCGAGGCACAGAAGGUGCGCGAGGAUGAGCUGGCGAGGCUGAACGAGCUGGAGAAGCAAGCGAUCGAGGAGAACAACGAGGAGCUGGCGAAGGAGAUUGCCGAGCUGAAGGCGAUCGCACAGUCGGACGAGGAGCUGCUGAAGCGCCAGGCGGCCAAACUCGAAGAAACGGGUGCACCGGCCGAGGGUGAGGCGGCACCGGCUGAGGAGGGAGCUCCGGCUGCGGAAGCGGCCCCAGCAGAAGAGGUGCCCGUCGCCGACGCUGCCACCACCGAGGAGAGCAAGACUGAGGAGAGUCCUGCUGCCGUCGAGUGA